AUGUCUUCCAACAAAUCUCUUGUGUUUUCAAAGAUCCCAGACGGCCUACCAGUGGCAGACGUCCACCUGAAAGUGCUACCUGGCGAUUGCGACUAUGAGCAUGAGCCUCCCCAGGGAGGAUUUAUCGCAAAAGUGCUUUAUGCAUCACUAGAUCCAUCUCUGAGAUUUCAGCUGGUGCACCCAAACUCCCCCCGGGAGUUUCCACCCCUCCCCAUUGGAAGCGUGCUUUCCAGCACCUCAAUCGUCAAGGUAAUCCGGGCCAGCCAGGACUCUGAAUUCGCUCCAGAUGAAAUCCUGUGUGGCAAUUGUCCCAUUCAGGAAUAUAUCGUCAUCGAUGCGGGUAAUGCUGCUCGGUUUCAAAGAAUCCAGAAUCCCCAUAAUUUAGACUUGAAGGUCUUUCUUGGACCUCUUGGACCCCCCGGUCUUACGGCAUAUUCAGCCUUCUACAAGAUAGGCGAGCCCAAAAGGGGCCAGACAAUCCUGGUUUCGGCUGCCAGUGGAGCUGUUGGACAGCUAGUUGGACAACUUGCUCUCAAGGAGGGUUUGAUCGUGAUUGGCUCCGCAGGAACCGACGAAAAGGUCAAGAUCCUCAAAGAAGAACUUGGGUUUCCCUUUGCAUUCAAUUACAAGAAAGUCGACAUCCUUCAAGAAAUCAAGAGAGUCGCCCCAGGUGGAAUUGACAUAUACUACGACAACGUUGGCGGGCAACAGCUCGAAGCUGCAAUCCAUGCACUCAACCCAUGCGGCAGAAUAGUUGCCUGUGGAUAUGCCUCUCAGUAUAACAGUGAUCCGAAUGAACAAUACGGCAUACGGAACACUGGCCUGCUUGUUGGCAAGAGAAUAAUUUGGAGGGGGUUUCUCGUAGAUAUCGAUGGAGAGGAGUAUAAAAGCGCCCACCAGGAAAACGUGGGACGUUGGCUCCUAGAUGGUAGUUUGAAAUGGAUUAUGAGCGAGACCCAUGGAAUCGAAAACGCAGCACAUGGGUUGAUCGAAUUGUUUCGGGGGGAUAAUAAAGGCAAAGCUAUCUUAUGCAUGGAUUAGCUCUAGAU